UGCAUGUUUUACUGAAUGUAUGGGGAAGAAAAAGUAAUUAUUAUCAUGAGAGAGUUAAUUUUGAAUUUCUCCUCUUCCUUUUUCAUGAAGGGUAUGAAAGGAAUAGGAAAAGCGGUAAGUGACGGGUAUACCCUCAAAGGGGUAAAUUUGAACCUUUUUCCUUUCUAAUUUUGGUGUCAUAAACAACUGUUUGCCAUCACUAGACCUCCUUACUUUUAUUAAGGUAAAGAUGCAUUGCAGACUUUUGACCUUCGGAGUCGAGCUUUUCAAAGACAUGUUCAAUAAUAAUUUAUGAUUCAAAUAUUACUAGGCAAAAUCAGCAGGGGUCUUUUGUAAUUUACCUCUUUUUCAUAUGUGUGUUCUGUGAGCUGCUCCCUAUCCUUAGUUUGUAGGUUGAGACUUAGCUUCUGCUAGUCCAUACUCUAGUUGAGGAAGUUAAGCUCUUGUUUGCCCAUACAAAUUCUUUACCUUUCUUCUGUUUUUUUUUUUUUUUUUUUUUUUUUUAGUUUCACAUUUGAGAAAGUGGUUUUGACCAGUUUUUCAACUGAAUUUUUUUUCCACUCACAAAAUCUGAACUUUUUUUGAAGUUAAAUACAUGUCCAAACACAAUUCGAUUUCCAAAAUACCUUUUUUCAACAUUUUUCAAUUGUCAUACUUUUUUAUGUUCAGACGCCUACUAACUAUACUAAGAGCUACUUUGUUGAGUUUAAACUCUUGUGUGUGAGUACUAGUUAUCUUAUUUAGAAGUAUAUUCAUGUAGAAUGUGACGUUUCAUUUUCUAUUGGAAGUAAUUUUUAAUUUGUUCUAUAUUUGGAUGGACAAGGGUUGCCACUGAAGUGAGAAGACGCAAAUAUGUGUGUGCUUCUCUUGAAUCGCAAAAGAUGGACGCUGACUUCUGUGCUACCACCAAACGGGAGUGCGCUAUAUGCUUCUAUGAUCUAUACCUUUCAGCCAUUGGCUGCAAAUAUUCUCCACAUAAAUAUACUUGUCUUCUUCAUGCCAAGGAGCUUUGUGCUUGUGCUUGUGCUUGUGCUUGUGCUUGUGCUUGUGCUUGUGCUUGGAGUGAGAAGUAUUUGCUUAUACGGUAUGGAAUAGAUGAGUUGAACAUCAUGGUUGACGCUUUGGAUGAGAAGGUAAGUGCAGUUCAUAAGUGGGCAAAAGAAAAACUUGGAUUGCCCGUGUCCGACGUCUCUAAAGAUGCCAGCAAGGAUGGAGGUACGGCUCCUCCUUUUGAAAUGGUGAAGGUACCUGCGAUUUUUGAUGUGGGACUCUCUGAGAGUAUGUCUCACCGAACAUCAGAUAUUCAACAGGAUCAGAAAAAUAAUUUGGAUCCAAUAUCUUGUUCGUCUGUUGAUUCAGAUGCAUUGACUCGUCGAUCACAGUUGAAAGAAAAUGCUUAUGAUGAGAAUAAAGUUUUAUUGCCAAAAAUAUCACAGCAUACUGCUGUUGGAGAAAAUAUUGCGACUUCUUCCAAUGCAGUUCGCAAGAAACAUCUUGCUCGGGAGUCUUCGGCUACUGAAAACAAUGGGAUUAUUCUGAGUGAUGAUGAAGAUUAGCAACCCCAUGUUUACUGUAUCAUGAAUGGUAAUGUGCAUUUAUGGUACAUUAAUGCACUGUUGUAACUUGUAAAUCUGUUCUUUGCUAUAAAUUUGCAGAUCGUAAAGCUUGAAUUAUGUUA